AUGCUCCUCAUCACCGCCCUUUUACUCCUAUCAAGCCAAGUAUUUGCUUUUAGAACCAUGGACAGCAUGGGAAUAUGGACUAGAUCCUCUAUCUUGGAGGGUAUGGAAAGGUAUGCAGGACCAAUUGAUGGAAUGGUUCAGCGACGACAGCUACCCGGUGGUCCAGGUAUAAGCACUACCGGUAUGAGUCCGAGUAUCAGUGGAAUGAAUCUGACGGAAUGGGAUGAUAUGACGAAAAUGGCUUGUUCUGAAUCUCUGACGGCAUUAAAUGGGAAAGUCAACAAUCCGUCUGGAAUGGCCGUUUGCUACAAUCUACCCUUCUUAGAUAACAGCACUGGAGUCUUCGAAGCUGAUCUUCGGCUAUUCAUGGUGGCCAAUCCGUCUGGAGGCUUCAUCAAUAUUGCAGCUGACAAGGUACAAGUUGGGUUGAUGUACGACGGCGCAACGGUGACUCCCGUCAACGCAUCAUCACUAAGAAGAAGAGAUACUCGAUCUGUUCCUAUGACAUAUCAUUCUAAGAAGGGUCCCAUAAAUCUAGCCAAACGUGCAGUCGUUCCUCGGCUGAUACAAUCGUAUGCAUUCGUUGGGCAGAUCAACAAAACAAUACUACCCACUAUGAAUGAUAUAACAGCUCUUCAGAAAGUACUUGUUCCAAUGGUCACCCUAACCGCACUUGACACUACAGGCGCUACGCUCAAUGCCUCUUUAAGCAAUGAUGAAAUUACUUUUGUAAACGGUGUUUUCGCUGGCCCAGUCCUACCUACAAAAGCGACACUUGCACCACCAAUCCAGACACUCGUUGUUGGGAAGGAUGCGCCUUUUGUCGUGCCAGGGCUCAAUCUCUUGAUUUUCCCAAUUGGUCUCAUCAUAACUGGAAUUUGGGUCAUUGCCUUCGUAUCCACGAUUGGAUACGGUACUAUUCGUCGCAUCCAGCACCGUGACGAAUUCCGGGAAAAUAAGUUUAGGGCAGAUAGAGAUAAUUUGCUGACUAUCUGA